AUUCAUUACGGUGAUAUAUUACUACGCGCGAACGAAAAGUGAAGGCUGUGAGAGCAAGGAUUUAUUCAUGUUUCUCUACAAAUGGCUUCGCGAUUGCUCUACCUCGUCGUUUGGUUGACUAUCUCACGACUGUGUGUACGUUCUAAUGCUUAUGAAUUUUCAAACCACCUCAACAACAAGGAUAAAUCAGAUUUUCUCAGGGAAGGUUUUGACUCAUAUAUAUUGAGUAAUACUCUUCAUUUCAUCUAUGAUGACCGCUUCCAAAGAUCUGUGUAUGGCUUACCAAACACAACAAUAGAACUAAAAUGCUAUGUUUCGGCUCCAAAACGAAGUCCUUUAAAUGGGAAUAAUGUCUAUCACGAUUUCACAUUAAAGUGGCUUCGGUACAAAUCGAGUUUUGAUGAUACAGGAAAUUUUCAUAAACACGAAGUAUUCAAACAAUCAGGAACAGAAACGCAAAAAUUAACAAACUUAACGAUUGAUGGACCUCCUAGACGCCUCGUCAAGGAAGAGAGUCAAUCGAACGUCUACGAAUUUGUUUUGAGAGUACCUGUAGAAGGAGACGUUACAUACAGAUGCUUAAUUGACGAUGAAUUCGGCAAAAUAUUUAGUUCAGCUAUGAUGCCAUUAAAGGCCGUGUUGCCUGGGCUUUCAAAUAAUUACGUAAAUGUAACGCAACCAAAGGGUUCUAACGCAAGAAUUGAGUGCAGACUGAAUUCUCAUGUAAUUCCAAAAGUCUCAAUAAAGUGGUUUAAGGACGAGGAAGAAUUGGAGGUGGAUGGGUAUCGAAUUGUUUCCUUACCAGUGUCCCACCGAGGAGAAAUAGAUACUGAGCACGAAUAUGUGGCAUGGCUAGGUGUCUAUGGUACAUUAUAUUUAUAUGAUCUGAGAGAAGAAGAUGAAGGAGCAUAUUCAUGUGCUGUUGAAAACCCUUGGGGAUUUGAUAAAAAAGAAGUAGCUACUGUUCUCAUUGACAACAACAGCCCGAAUAGCUUGAUCCAUAAACCUGUUAAUCUUUUACUAUUCGAAUCACUGUUAGGUGUUUUGGAGUGCUUUACCUCUUACGAUUCAAGAAUCACAUGGACAUUUACAGGGAAAGAUGGAAUCAUCAAACCUGUUAACAAAUCUUACAUCGUUGGAAGACAAAGCAUUGUUAUUCCUAAGAGUGAUAUUAAGAAUAUUGGAAAUUAUACUUGUCAUUUGGAGAGUUCUCGAGGCAAACAGUCAUUUAGAGCUCAGCUUUCUUUACGUUACGUUGACUCUGUUAUUUACACUCCUCCGAUUAAACGCGUGCAUGGCAUGAAAGGGUUGAAGUGUACUAUGCCCUUUGUGACUGGCUGUGUUUAUAAUGCCUAUAAACAGAGCAAGUAUCCGUUUGCUAGAUGGUUUGUCAAUGGUACCAGCAUUAGUGAUGUAGCGGAAGAGUACCAGAGAAAGUACAAUAAGAAAGUUUUUGCAGUUACUACAGGAAAUAAAGAAGAACUUCUUGCUGCCAUAAGGGAAUACAAAGGAGGGAAAACUAAAUUAAACGUUACGAUGAGGCAUGAAAUUCUCGAAAAAACAAUUGAGUUUGUUGAAAGUUUACCCAAAUAUGCAAGAUUCUCUGUUUUGAAGAUAUCAGCAGAAUUUACAGAAUUAUCAGGAUAUUACCAAUGUCUUGUAUCUAGUUAUGUAAAUGAAUAUUCCCAAUCAAGUCAAUUUCACAUUCCCGAAACAUCACCAGAUGUGGAUAAUAUAACUGUAGUGAAAACCAUGCCAGCUUCAAUUCUGCUCAAUAUAACUAGAAAAAAAUUAGGAGGAUUUCGAAGCCAAGAUGAAGUUAUAGUCGUUAAUGUGCAAUUCACUUGUAUAAAUUCGACUGGAAAAAAGCCUGAUUGGUAUUCAAAAGAAGAUUGGCAAGCGUGUAAGAAAGAUGGAGAAGAAGUCUUUGAUAUGAAACCAACAUCUAAAAAUCCGAAUUGGCGAACUGCUAAUGUAACUAAACUUCUACCGGACACCAACUACUCUAUUCAAAUUGUCCCUUAUAGUAAACGAGGGUGUGGUCCUCGUACACCAGUUAAUAUUAAAACAAAGGCUUUGAGACCAAGCGCCUUUCCAAAUUAUAAAUUGGCUAUUUCUUCUACAUCGUUAAAAUUUCGAUUUGAUCGUUUACUAGGUCCAAAAUGCGGUGGAAGGAUACUAAGUUAUAUUAUCAAAGUCGGAAAUAAGCGAAAAUCUAUUAAGAAUGGAAAAUUUGAAGGAGAAAUCAAAGGACUUUCCCCAAAUACUGAAUACAAGUUUUUAAUUGUGCCAAAAACUGAAGCGGGAGAGGCUCCACACUCAGAGGAAAAUUUUAGAACAAUUAGAACUUUGAAGCAAUUGGACUCUCCUAAGAAAUUGAAUUUCCCUUCAAUGAGGAUAGAAUCGGUUAAUGUUACAUGCGCUCUUUUUCACCUCGGAAACGAACACAGUUAUGUCGAUAUUUUCUUAAAGCAUCUUUCAUCGAAGAGUGGAGUACACUAUCCCGAUGCGAAUAAAUCUUAUUUGAACAUAACUGCAACAGUUUUCAAAGUAACUGACCUAGUAUUGGAUUCCGAGUAUGAAGUUGAUAUAGUGUACUAUGAAAGCAUUAUGGCUUUCAAGAGAGAGAUCUAUUUCUAUUCUAAUCCUACAAAUCAUCAACCACCACCUAUGCCGUUUAAUUUAGACGCAUCGAUUGUUAGAAAAUCUGAUGAAAAAUGUUGCAUACACGUUAGUUGGGAGGAAUCGAAAUCUUGGGUUGGAUCUAUACAGCAAUUCGUUUUAAAGUUUGCUAUGAAGAAUUAUAUAGAGUAUGGUAUUCCUUUACAGAAAAAUCGUGUAAUUCUUAAAAAUUUCACGAAAUAUGACUAUGAGAUUUCAUCGUCUUGUCAAUCGUGUAAAACAGUAAAGAGCGAGAGGAUUACUUUUCAAGUUCAAGCCGAAAUAGAUUCUAAACGAAAAAGUGAUUUUAGUUUAGAGCGAAUGAUUUAUUUCAAUUCAUCAACAAUUAUAAACCCUCGCCAUGAAACAACAUCUAUAUCUACAUAUACCAAUAACGAUAAAAAGAAAUAUUUUUGGAUAGGAAUAAGCGGCGUUAGCGUAUUCCUGCUAACCAUAUUAUUGUUUGUUUGUUUCAAAAACGUGCGGAAGAUGAUGUAUCUUAGAAGGAAUCGGAAUACAGAAAGACCAACAACCAAUAAAGCGAAUGUUGGAACCCCGGUCAAUGUGCAAAUACAGGAAAGACAGCCUCUCUUCACAGACAUUCGACAAGUAGUUUUGAAUGGGGAAGUUUGCAGUGAAUCGCACGUCGAAGAGGUUAUUAAACGACGACCCGACUUAGAUGGCUUCAUUGAUACUAAAGGUAUCAGUGACGUGACGGGUGAAUUCCGAGGUAGAAUGCAUCAGAUAAGCUGUUCCGGUUCUGUGCGAAGUGGUCAAAGUGUAGCUACACAUUCAGAUUCCGGAUGCCAUGAAAGUAAUUUGACGCUCCAUAGCUCAGAAAAGAACGAAGAUAACGAAGGAAGUGACACUCUAGGACACACCUCUUCUCAGUCUUCCAGUGCAGAGACGCUUUGUAACAUGCAUUCGCAACAGCAUUGCAAAUGCAAACAAAUAGAAACCUCAUGUGAUAAUUAUAUUCAACGGUCUGAAAUCUAUCAUCCUCCUCGUCCACCGCAGCAGCUUGCUUGCAAAAUAUAA